AUGGCACCAUAUUCCUAUCUGCCAUUGAUCGAAGACAACAGCGAAAUCAGACUGUUGACUUUGUACCCGGGUAGUUUUGAGUCAAACAUCCAAUGUUCUCUCCACGCCGUCAGACUUACCGAGAACGAAGUACCCAAGUAUGAAGCACUGUCUUAUGUAUGGGGAGACACAUCGAACCCAGUUUCUCUAUAUAUUCUACCUUCAAGCGAUGGCGCCAUCGACAUCACAAAGAAUCUUGCCGAACUCUUACCUUACUUGAGAUAUUGCGAUAGGCCUCGUGUGUUUUGGAUCGACGCAAUUUGUGUCAACCAAGCAGAUCUAGAUGAACGAAGUCGCCAGGUUCAGCACAUGGCUCACGUCUACAGAAAUGCCGAACGCGUGGUCGUCUGGCUUGGGCUCGAAACACCUGAGACCAAAUUGGCACUCAGUACCUGGAGAGACCUCUCACUCAAGAUAGACGUUGACAGAAGCGGACACGGAGCAAUGAGAUCUCGGUCGGAUGAUCCGUCAGACUCUCAUUGGGGGGAUCAACAUUGUUUUCUUCCUUUCGAUCAGAAGAUAUGGCACGCAAUGGCUCAUCUUCUCAAACGUCCAUGGUUUGAACGCUUAUGGGUAUGGCAAGAGAUAAGGCUGGCCAACCCCCAUGCAGUGAUCGCAUGUGGCUUCGACAUGUUACUAUGGAAACAGUUCAGCGAUGCGUUAUACUGCAUCCGGUACAAGAGACAGGAAACAGGGUUUCCUGAACUCCACAAUCUCAUAGACAGGGCUUACGAGAUUGUUGACUAUUACGGCUAUAGCUCUUUGAAAACUAUGAUGUUUCAGACUCGGCACAGUAAGUGUACUGAUCCGAGAGACAGGGUCUACAGCAUGUUAGGUAUGCUUCACAAGCCGGAUGCUGAUCUGGAUAUCGUGCCUGAUUACACUAAAUCGACACGAAAAGUAUUUACUGACCUGGUGACGCAAUACGUUAAAAAGCAAAAGCGCCUGAACAUCCUCUUGCUUUGCAAACUGGACGACGCUGCGGCAUAUCUCCCAUCGUGGGUACCAAAUUUUGCGGCUCUAAGCAGGGCUCGACCCAUCAUCAACGUGAGAGCCACUGGAGAUUCAGUUUGUAGCGUCGAAUAUUACGAUGAAGAUAUUUUGAAGGUCUCGGGAUUGACGGUAAGCACAGUUCAUGAGGUAUCUGACUUAUCUCCCCCUGAAAAUUCCAAAUUUCCCUACCACAAUAUUGUUAAAGCCGCAAGGCGCUUCGCAAGCACUCGGAAUAUGGAGAAUUUGUAUUUCGAUGGUACCACAGUACUUGAGGCAUACUGUCGGACCAUCUGUUGCAACCGAUUGUCAGAUCGGCACAUGCCAUCAAAUGAAACGCUCCCCAAUAUCCAAGCGGCUCAAGCAGUUCUCAAAGACAUUCUCAAAUCUGAGACUGGCAAAUUGGCGGAUAUUUCACCUGCCGCGAAAAUAUACCUCGACUACGCCUCGGACACUUGCAGAAGUUAUUCAUUCUUCGAUACUGUUCGAGGACACAUAGGUGUGUGUCCCAUAUCUGCUAUGCCAGGCGAUCAGCUUUCUGUGUUUCUCGGCUGCGACUCCCCUUUGCUCAUCCGACCGGCAAAGGAUGGACAGUUCAAAGUCGUCGGAGAAUGCUAUGUCCAAGGCCUCAUGUGCAACGAGGCCUUGCUAGGACCUCUUCCGGGGCAUUUCAGACGUGUCACACGAUUGGAUAAAGCUUCAAAUUCCUACUGCGGAUGUUAUGUCGACCCCGUCACAGGAGAAAUGAACAUCGAGGAUCCAAGACUUGGAUCUCUGCCACAGGGUUGGAAGCGAAAACUCACGAUAGGGCUCAUAUAA